UCAUGUGACCGGACAGCCUGUAUAUAAAGGUGGGCCACGUGACCGGGGGACCUUUGUUCGUGCCGUCAUGUUCACCAUCGUAAGCCUGGUUCUGCUGGCCGCAGUGGCCCUGGCUCAACAGCCCCAUCCAUGUGAGAGUCCACGUCAGUUCGAAGGAAGAUUCUCUAUUUACGAUGAGGACAGGCAGUUCCGUGCGUUCGGGCGCUUUGCUUAUGAUGACACGAACAGACGUUUCCGCGAGAUUGAGGAGAUGGAGAUUGGACGUGACAGAGAGUACUAUGACAGACUGUACCUCCACAACCUGAACCUGGAGUACCGUUUGAACCUGCGCACCCGCAACUGUACCAUCACCACUCUCACCCGCCCCUGGAUUCCAUUCGCCGUCCCCCAGGACGCCAGGUUUAGAGGCGAGGGCGUCAUUGGCGCAUCUGGCAUUCCCGAUGAACACGUGACCAUCGCCAACUUCGACGGCACUACUGACGGAAAUCCCUACUUCAUCAUCGCCACCAUCGAGGACUGCGUGCCCGUCACUGCCGGCUUCUACAGCAACAGCACCGGUGGUGUUCUCAGACAAUUUUACGAUAUCACUCUUGGACUCCGCGACCCUGAUGCGUUCAUCCCCCCUCAGGAAUGCCACCCUCAAUAAGCGUUCAUCGCGCGUACAUACCCGCUUCUGUCACAGAGUAUACUCACAUCUUUGUCUAAUUACAGAUUUUAUGAUAUCACUUUGUCGACCGAUGCAAAGGCAUUCACCCCUCCAGCGGAAUGUCAUCCAAAUGUCACUGUCUAAAUGUCAGAUCAAUAUCUCAUCCUGUGUUUCUGUACAGAUAGUAGAUGUUUUUGUAAUAAAAUAGAUCUGUUGUUA